UGGGGAGGAAGAGGUGGGGUGGGGGGGGGGAGAAAAAAAAUGCGCGUCUCGCAGGACUUCAAGGCUUCGAUUUUAAUACAAGCUAAAGAACAACCCAUUCCCCAGACAAACUUCUUGAUGUAAUUUUUUUUGGACAUUCAACCUGGAUAUGAAGACUGAGAUUACACCUGGCGCACCCAAAAGGCAGGAGAGUCCAAAGGGGGUGUUGAUGAACCCUGAGCCCAUCCUGGCAACAAAAAGUUUUAGUACAGACGUUGAAAUGAUUGCAAGUAAGGUUGGCAAUGACUAUGCCCAUAUCUGCAGUGAUUCUGGAAAGCAGAUAAAGGACAUGAAUGGAAACGGGAUGGAACAGGAGAAAAUGAUUGUUGUCAGAAAAAAGCGUAAGAGCCAGCAGGCUGGUCCCUCAGAAACCCCAGACUCUCAUUUGAAAAGUCGCCAGGAUAGUGUUGGUCUAAGAUCUGGCAUAGAACCACAGGAGCACCUAGACGAUUCUUCUUUUAGUGACUGUGUUUCAUCGCCUUCUUCGAGUCUACAUUUUGGAGACUCUGAUACAGUGACUUCAGAAGAAGAGGAAGAGGAGGUUCCAGUCCGACAUCCCCAGGCAGUAUUGAGUGGCACAAGUAGAACAAUUCAUUCAAAAAUGCACAAGUGGCCUAGGUCUGAGCAGGAAUCUAUAUCAGGGAUCUUAAUCAAACGACCUUGUUUCCCAAACAGUAGCCUCCGAAGGCCUCAACCAAGGAAGAAAUUUACAAAACCCAAUCCCUCUCAGCGGACUCAAAAGCAGAAGGAAAGGAUUUUAUUGCAACGAAAGAAAAGGGAAGUAUUUGCCCGCAGGAAGUAUGCCUUGCUUCAGAGUUCUAGCAGUUCAGGGGAGAAUGACCUUAGCAGUGAAUCCUCCUCCAGUUCUUCCACUGAAGGGGAAGAGAAUUUGUUUGUCUCACGGAGUGAAAGCCACCAAAAUAAUGCAACAGUUGCCUCAGGAAAUAUUGAUGAGGAUGUUGUGGUGAUUGAGACCACCUCAGCUCCCCAGGUUACUGCCAAUGAAGAAAUCAAUGUUACCUCAACAGACAGUGAAGUGGAGAUUGUCACUGUUGGGGACAAUUGCAGGUCUUACACCACGCUAGUUGGCCACUCAAGGGUACACUGGGGCCAAAGCUCCAGUUCACAGAACAGACCUCAGGAACAACGGAACCGGAACCGAAUAUCAACAGUUAUCCAGCCAUUACGACAAACCACAGCAGAGGUGGUGGACCUUACUGUGGAUGAGGAUGAACCCACAGUGGUGCCAACUACCUCUGCUGCUAGAUCACAACCAGUCAGUAAUGUACCUACCUCAGGACAGAUCCUUAGUAGUACUCCCGGCCCUUCUACUACCCAGUCUGCCUCUGUGCCAGAGUUUUCAGGAGUUCCUACCACCACUAGUACACCAGGUCCUCUGCCAGUGGAUGAUGGCAGGAGAACUGGAUCAAAUACAGUGCCAGAAGCUGGACCUGGGGCAAUGCCGAGGCUCCCGUCCUGCUGCCCUCAGCAUUCACCGUGUAGUGGGGCUUUGCAAGGUCACCACACAUUAGGACACCCUCAUUCAAGCUGUCUCCACCAAAAUAACCACCAGUUUCAGCACCAUCCUGGUGCCCACCCUGCAGUGCCACCAUCAAUGCCUUCAUUUCCAGAGUCAAACUGUCCCUUGGAGAGACCUGCUGCAGUGCCACCACCUUGUGGAGCAAAUGGAAAUACAGGUGGACAGUAUCAUGAUCAGACACUACCUGUCGACUUAAGUAGUGGUGCUGUUAGGGGCCAUGGAAGUGGCAGUUUCCAGGGAACUUCUGCAUUUGAUCCCUGCUGUCCCGGGGCUUCCUCACGUACUGCAGUUUACGGAGCACAAGCGACUGCUGGAACAAGCCAGCCCGUGGCUGUCGAGGGAUAUGGACCUGGGAUGGUAGGGCAAGCUCAACGUCAACCACAGCCCCAGCUCACAUCCUGCCGGCAUUUUAUGCAUCCUACCUAUGCCCCAAUACCAAGACCACUUCACCACCAAUCUACGACGUGCCCACACGCCCACGGAAACCCUCCCUCUGUGCCGCAACCUCCUCCUCAACCAGAAUACGCUAUUCCCCACCCAGUGCACCCUUUCCACCCACAGAUUCCCUCACAUCCGUCAAGCCACAAUGUACAGCCUGCUCCACCCCCUCCACCACCUCCACACCACCUUCCUGCAACAGCAGCAGCACUGCAGCACCACAUCCCUCCUCCGGCACCUUCCUCUCAGAGACUGCAUCAUCACGACGUGCUUCAGAGAUUGGAAGCACAACGAAGAAGAAUGAUGCAACACCCAACUCGAGCACAUGAGCGCCCCCCACCUCAUCCGCAUCGUAUGCACCCCAAUUAUGGUCACGGACAUCAUAUUCACGUUCCUCAGACUAUGUCUUCACAUCCUCGACAGCCGCCAGAGAGGACUGCCUGGGAUCUGGGCAUUGAGCCAGGAGUGACUGCAGCACCAUAUCCACCAGGUCACCUUCACCCUCACAUGGCUCAUUACCAUCCAUCUCAACCUCCUCGACUGCACCAUUUCCCAAUUGGAGCCCUCCCUUUUAUGGCUAUGCCUCCAGACAUGGCAGGCUACCCUCACAUCCGUUAUAUUUCCUCAAGGCUGGAGGGAAGGUUUCCAGGCCUCAGGGCCACUUACGAGGAUUUGCUGCAUUUAGAAGAACGACUGGGUAAUGUUAAUCGCGGUGCCUCACAGGGUACUAUUGAGAGAUGCACGUACCCACACAAAUAUAAAAAGUUAAACCUCCUUACAAAAGCAUGCCUUUAUGGUAAUAAGGUGAUAACUAAUUUACAGAGGAAACUUCUGCAGUAUAAACAGGAAGGAAAAGAUGGGGCAGAGGAUGACACUGAGGAGAAAUGUACUAUCUGUCUGUCUAUUCUAGAAGAAGGAGAAGAUGUUCGGCGCCUUCCUUGCAUGCACCUCUUUCAUCAAGUGUGUGUGGAUCAAUGGCUGACUACCAACAAGAAAUGCCCCAUCUGCAGGGUAGACAUUGAGGCUCAGCUGUCUGCAGAUAGUUGACAUCUUAUUCUCUAACUCUCAGUACUGCAGUCAACCAAAGAUGGCACGAAUAACCUGCGCAGAUUCAAAAGCAUUGAACCUAGAGUGCGGCUACGCCACAUAGUACAAUUUAUGCUAGGCCUACAGUGAUAUUUCAGUAUAGAGUUUAAAAUUUAAUGUAUUUAUGAAGCUUUCUUUUUUAUGUGGCUUUUUAUGUUUUUUUCCAAGUCAUUUUAUUUUGCAUGGUUCCUUGGAUUGCAUUUCUUUGCACAUAACGGGCUUUAUGUCCUCAGACUUGCAGGCAAGAUUAGCUGCUCUAGUAAGAUAGAAUCAAUGUCAUUUUCAUGAUGCCUUGCUUUACUGGAAUAGAAUAUGUCAUCAGUCACUAACCCUGGACUUUAAUUUAAACAUUUAUAUUAGGUUGUGUAUAUAGAUUGUGAUCUAUUCAUUAAGGAAGGAAUAUCGAGACAUUCCGUGAUUAAGAAAACGGCUGCUGUAUUGUAGAAACUCAUCAUCAGACAGCAAACAAUCAAUGGGAUCUGAUCCCAGCCAAUUGCCAUUGCAAGAAAUAUAUAUCCGAACAAUAUUAACUGCUGUUCUAUGUUUAGGUUUUUUAAAAAAUCCAUCCUUCUUUGGCACAAUGGUAGGUGUAAUUUUUAAAGAAUGUCAAUAUUCAAAACUAAUGGGUUCACAGAUUUUUAUUUCAUCACUUUCUGUCACUGGUUAUAAAUUUUGUUUUCCCUUUUAUUUACAAUUUUUAGCUGUUUGACUGCCAUUAAACAGCUCUAACAAACACUAAUGUUAUCUAAAUUAGCUGUAUUGCGUAUACUUGCACAUCUGAUGAUUUGUAAUGGUGAGCUAGUCAGAUUGUAGAACAAGGUUCUGUAUGAAGUCACCAAUAAGCACGUCUAGGUAAUGUAUUUGAAGGCAGAUUGCAGAUUUAUGGCUGUUAAAGAAUCAGGUGAAGUGUUGGAAUGCAGUACUAAUGGCAGGUAUCCAUGCAUUCACAGAUUUGUAAAGAUCCCUGGAUGCGUUUUCCAGGGGGAACUUAGUUUUCAAGUUAAUAAAGAUUAGUUAACUCCAA